AUGGAAAGAGUUCUGAUCUUCUGGAGAUAUCGCACCCCAUUCUCUCUCAUCCUCUGCUCUCUCAUCCUCUUCAAGGUCCAUUCAGAGGCUGCCCCUUCCCAACAGCACCCUGACCCAGCCACUCUCUCCAAAAUGUCCCCCAGGGGUAGCCACUGGGCUGUAGGGCACUUAAUGGGCAAAAAGAGUAUAGAAGAAUAUCCAUAUCUGUAUGAUGGAGGGGAGAGAACUUCAGCAACUGGGUACUUGGAAGGGGAUAAGCCAAUGAAUGCAGCUCAGUGGAAAGAAGCUCUCCUUACCUUAUUGAGAAUGAUAGAGUCAAGUGACAACAGAAUUUCCCAGCCGAUGAGAGAUGCAAACCCUUUUAACAGGAAGAGUUAUGAUUCCGAAGACAAUGUUAACUACAAAGAGGUAAAAGUUUCCUUGUAUUUUGACUUAAAGUAA